UGUAUAAAAGGUGUGAACAGAAUCAAAUAACCAUUAUUCAAGUAGUAUCACAACAAAACAGCAAUGUCAUUCAAGGCUAUUAUCCUCUGCGCUUCUGCGCUCUUCGUCCAGACUGCCUUCAGCGCUUGCCUUGGUCGCAUCGCAGAGCCUUUGGUCGCUCCCCUAGCAGCUCGCUCCACCUGGGCCUACGACGGUCUGGCAUAUGAUGGCCUCGCUGGCUGGCCCGCCGGACGUCUCGGCUGUGGCGCGUAUGGACCCGCCAUCGCUCCCGCUGUUGACAUCGCCGCCGCCAGCACCCUUAACGCCGCCUACGGUGGUGGUCUUCCCGUCGCCACUGCCUCCGCCGCCGCCCCCACCGGCCUCGCUGUCGCCUCUGAGAACGUGUACGAGGGUGCUGUCGCCGUGGCCGGUAACCUGCCUUUCCUUGGCACCGUCGCUAUGGAGGGAGUGUUCCCCACCGCCGGCGCCGGCGCUGUGUCGUACGGUUGCGGUGACGGCGCUGUCGCCAUUACCGCCGAGGGUCCCAUCGCUGGUCCCGCCGCCAUCGCCCCCGCUAUUGCCCCACUCGGCCUUGCUGCUGUUGGUCCCGCUGCCAUCGCCCCCGCUAUGGCCCCACUCGGCCUUGCUACCGCUGCUCCCUUCGGCAUUGGUGCCCGCGGCUGCGGAUGUGGCGCUCGUAUCCUGUAAUAAAAUAAAAUAUACUGUUAUAUCUCUAAAAUAAAUGAUUGCAUAAAAGCAUUGCAUAAAAACA